AUGCCAACAACCUUUGAAAGCCUUCCGCCAGGGGUAUUGUAUGAGAUUAUUGGUGCUACUGAGCGGAAAUCUGUGAUUUGUAUGGCGCAAACGAGCCGGACUAUGUACAGGACGUUGAUUCCCAAACUCUAUCAAAGAAUAUGCUACUAUCCGGUUUCACCGCAGCAGUGGAAAUAUCAGAAUGACCGAAUUACAAAUAAAAAACUGAUCUUUCAAACUGAGGAGCAGUGGCACCAAAUCAUGCAUGCGCUUGAGCGCAAUGCGUGGCUUCAGCCGCUUGUGGAGGAGAUUGACGUACGUUACGCACCUGCACAGUGGGUGGUGGUGCCGCCGCAAUAUCACAAGAUUAUCGCGGGCUGCAUCAACAUGCGCCGGGUGUGGUUGCCGCCCAGUAUACGAGUAGCGGAGGUAGCGAGCCGUUGGACUCGGCUCGAAAAUGCUGAUACCGACAAUUUUGUUGGGUGGGAUCAUGUGUCGAAAUUACGGGAGUUGAUUGUUGGUAAUCUGGCGGUGGUGUUGGGGCGCGAAUUAGCAGCCAAUGUGGAAACUUUGGAGUUGGAUGUGAGUAAUUUGGAUGUGAUUGAUUUGAUAGGGACCCUAGAAUUUAAACGGCUUCGGGUUUUGAAAGUGACGCUCCGGCCCCAUCGGGGGUUAAAGCGGUUGGUGGGUGUUGUGAACCGACUUUUAGCGGCUACUGUGACUACGCUAAUGGUUGUUCUCGACGACAUACAUGAUGAUAUACAUGACGAUGUUGGUCAUGGUCAUGUACAUCAUUCCGACGUACAUGACGACGCAUAUACCGAUGUACAUCAUGCACUCUUGGCGCUAUAUUGCGAAGCGAAAUUGAUUCGGGCCCGGAGGUCAAUGCAUGAAGGGUUACAAGCUGUAAGCAUUAUCGCUAAAAAUGCAUCACCACCAAAGUCGGACGAUGACGUCAAUGCGACCGUGAUAAUGACAAUUGCGGCGAUCUUACUGACGAUCGAUUGGUCUAUUACCAAAGUAUGGAUACAUCUUGAAAAUUUCAAUGAUAUCGGACCACUCGCCGAAUUAGUUCAAGUGGGGGCAGCGCGCAUAACUGUGGGGGUGACGACUCCGAGGGUCUUGGCAGAAACAAACUGUACCAGUACCGGCCUGCUGGAGAUAGAUUUACUGCACUAUGCAUAUUUAAGUACGGCGACCGAAGUGGCGACUGAUACAGACAUCGGCAGCAGAAGCGGAAUCAACGGCGCCGACUGUGACAAUAAUGACGCAAUGAAAAUCGGUGGCAGGCGCGGCGCAGCUUCAAACGCAAUAUUGGUUCCACAGGUGGUUUUGCUUUACCCGCCAUGGGAAUGUCCUUUUUAUGAUGAUCAAGUUAAUCAGCAAUGA